AUGCAAAACGGAACACAAGGCUUCAACUCCAGAUGCUACCUGUACUGUGAUGAAGUACGCAUUGACCCGGACAACGUGCUCUCCGUCCUUUACUGCUGCAAGAAGUACAACAUCCAGUCUCUGUUGACCAAGUGCGUGGACUUCGUCAAGAACAUGAUGUCUGUCGACAACGUGUGUUCAUUGUUCGAACAAGCUCACGUCUUUGACGAGAAGCAGUUGUACAAGAGUUGUCUCUCUUUCAUUCACCAAAAGGGGAAGGAAGUGUUGCAAACAACCGGAUUCAUUCAGCUCUCGCGCGCAUGCGUUUUUGACGUCAUUUCCUCCGACUCUUUGGCUUGUGAGGAACGCUUCGUCUUCGAGGCUAUGCUUCGCUGGGCAGAGGCGGAAUGUAAACGUCAACACAAACCUGUACACGAUUCGAAUUUGAGGAACAUUCUUGGUGAACUGGAGUUCCAAAUUCGGUUUGGCCUGCUCGAUAUGUCGUAUUAUUCCUCAAAGGUUUCUACUUGCAAGAUACUGACAGAUGCUGAAAAGGUGAUGCUUUUCCAGGCAAUAUCAGGCACUAAAGUUGACAUGAUGAAGUUUAAUGGCAAAGAGAGAAACAAACCUGCUGGGAGGUAUGGUUAUCUGUAG